GCAGCCCCGUCUGGGAACCGCUCUGUGUCCGCGAAUUUGAUUGGUGAAGCGGUAGGGCUAGUCUUCGCUGAUUGGUGUUGGGGAACUCUGCCCACAGAGGCACCCGAGGCCGGCGGGUCUCAGUCUUAUGCUAGUUUCCCGCCGGCUGUCGGAGGCUUAGAAACAUGGUGGACGUGAUGGAUUUGCCCAGGCCGCGCAUCAACGCCAGCAUGCUGGCUCAGUUCAUCGACCGACCCGUCUGCUUCGUAGGGAGGCUGGAAAAGAUUCAUCCCACUGGAAAAAUGUUUAUUCUUUCAGAUGGAGAAGGAAAAAAUGGAACCAUUGAAUUGAUGGAACCACUUGAUGAAGAAAUCUUUGGAAUUGUGGAAGUAGUUGGAAGAGUAACAGCCAAGGCAACCAUCAUGUGUGCAUCUUAUAUACAGUUUAAAGAAGACUGCAAUCCUUUUGAUCUUGAACUUUACAAUGAAGCUGUGAAGGUUACCAAUGAGUUCCCUCAGUUUUUUCCUUUUGGGGUUAUGCAACAUGAAUGACCUUUGAAUUUCCAUAUGGCUGCAAGUGAGCUACCUUGAAGACCAUUAAAGAAGACCCCUCUUAUUAGAGGGAAAGAUUAUUAUAAUUUCUAAUAUUUAACUUGAUGUUUUUAAAUUUUGAUUUCUUGAACUUUACACAGUCUAAUCUGCAGUUUUGGGUAAAAACUGGUAUAUUGACAGUUCUUACCUAAGUCUUUUUAUUUAAAAAAUAAAAGCCACUCCAUCAUAUGGUCUGAAUGGAAGAAAAAUGCACUUGUCUUGAGGUUAGGUUUAGUGUUUAUUAAUAAAAGUUAAAAUGACA